AAUAGAAAAAGGACACGUCAGAUGACGGCUGAAAGUGACAAGUGUCGCUGAAAUAAAGCGAGUAGAAAACAGUUGGGAUGACAGAGGAAUAGGAGAACUGUGAUUUUUUCGAAAAUUUAUUUAUUUUUUAUCCUUAAAUUUUCCCGCCCGAAAACCAGAGUCAAAAGGACAGCAGUGAAUCAUCAUAACAUUAAAAAAAAGGAAAAACAAAUCCUUAUAAAAUUCGAACACAAGUUCUGAAUUUGUUUGUGCGUUAAAAAAGCAAGAAUUUUUGUUUGAGAAAAAUCCUACAAAGACAAAACAACAAUCAUGGAGGAGCCUGUCAAAGAACAACAACCUCCUGCUCAAAAUUCUGGGAGUGCAGGGAAGUCGAAGUUACGUUAUCCACUUCGAUCGUCGAUAAAACCAAAGGAAGAGAAGCCACGAGUGGGUGAUUUAUCCAGUUCUUCUUCAUCCAGAAGGGGGAGAGCAACCCCGAGUGUAAGCAAGAGUGUGGGUGUUCUUGAUCUUUCCAAGGAGAAGUCUGCCAAGCCACCCAGAAGGCUAUCUAUUCCAACCAAAUCAACUCUGGCUCCAUCUCCAAAAUUUGUUGGAACAAUCACUCCUAUAUCUGAGGCUAGAGCUAAGAAACCUGCAAAUGGUCAAGGGAAAAGUGACACACCUCUUUCUGAUGCCUCUAGAUCAGCAACUCGAAGGAGGUUCAAUGUGCUGUCAUCAGCUUCAUACUGGCUGUCCCAGAUUAAGCUCUCUGAGUCAUCUUCUAAGCACUCAGUCUCACUUGGGUUUUUCAAACUUGGCUUGGAAGCGGGAUGUGAGCCUCUUAAGAAAAUGCAUGAUGAGCUUAAAUCCUACAUACGUCGCCAUAAUCUUAGUGAAAAUGGGGAAGCUAUAAAGGAACUACUUGAAAGCUACAAUGUUUCAGAAAAUUCAGAUCAACCACAGGUGUCUGAAAACUGUUCUCAAGUGCCUGAGGAGGGGACUCGGUCAUCUGAUGAUGAGGUUCACAGCGUUUCUUCUGCGGUGGGAUUUAGGAAACUGAAACCCAAGUCCUUGAAUACUGAUGCUGCUCAAGUAUCAUCAGUGGCUGAAUCAGCUAAAGAGGCUACUCUAAAGAAUAAUCCUGCAACCAGGAAUAGGGUUUUGAAUAGAAACGGUUCAAAUUCAAGGUCUGUUUCGGAGACUAGGAGUCGUAUGUUACAGAAAACUCAGAAGACAACCAAGCCAGAGGAUGUUAAAGGAAAGGACAAGACUAAGAGAUUGGGAACCGAAUCGACUAAUGAAGAAGGUCAAAUUAGCCCUACAGCUGCAGUUGAGACUGUCGACGGGGACAAAGAAAAUAUGGAUGGCCCUUUGACUGAAGAAAUCAACCUGAGUGGAGUGAUGUAGGAGGUGUUCUGCACGAAAUAUGGAAUCUGUAAGCUGAAUCCAUUCAAGGCAAGUCAGAAUUAAUUUUCAUGAUCAAUAGGCAAGCAUCAGCACCAAGUCCCAAGGGGACAAAAAGCAGACAGAAGAUCAGUCCUACAAAUUAACCUAAAAAUUCAACGUUGUAGACAAACAAAAAAGAGGAAAGAAACCCAUUAGGCUAUAACCAUUAGAGAUUUUCUUUUUAGCACAAAUUCACUCCAAAAUUUACAAGAAAUGAAUAACCAAAAGCGAUAACAUAAAAGACAACCCAGAAAAAAGAAUUGGGUAUCCCCAAAACUUCAAAAAUCAAAAAGGAGAAAUAAAUAGAAAACAACAAAAAACGAAGUGGGCAAAUUUAAAAAUAGCCUGAAAUUCAGUCGGAGUGAAAGCUAUCAUCGUCGCUGUAAUCAGAGAGAGGAUGAUGGGGAGGAUUAAAGCAAAGGUAGAGCCAUAUAGAGUUAGCAAGGCGGCAGAGAUGAUGGAGAGGAAGGCAGAAGAGGAGAUGCAAGACUUGAUCGCUGCUUAAGCGCUCUGGAUUACAGGCUAUGUAUUGGCAUACGUUUGCCGACACGUUGGCUAUUGUCAUCACCACCGAGCUGUUUAACACCAUCUUAUUUUCUCUGUUUCUUUUUUUCUGUCUGUCUUUUUUGCUAUCUUGUCUUUGAGCCUGUGUGAUAAUGUUCUUUCUCUGGCCUUAUUAUGUCUUGUUUACAUUUUUCUUAAGAGACUGAAACUACGUCGUAUCGCUUUCAUCCGUUGUAUUAUAACUACGGGCUGAAAACCCUGUGGAAAAAAUAGCGACUUCUUUGUCGAUGUUUGAUGUGCAAACUAUUAAAGCUUGACUUUGGUUAACAUUUCACAUCGUCUCGCGCUUGGCCUUUCUGUGUUUGAAAAUGAUAAAGUUGGGACUUGAAUUCGAAAUUUAAUUAAAGUAAUUAAUGUCAUUAUUUUUAAGAAG